ACCACACUCCAUACCAGUGGUGGCGGUAAUGCACACCUACAGUUUUUUGCCAACCGCCAUUAAACUCAUCAAGAAGAAGAAGAAGAGUCAGACGCACACAGACUAGACUCAGCAGCUGUAGCGAUGGCAGACGAGAAACCUAAGGAGGGAGUGAAGACUGAGAACAAUGAGCACAUCAACCUGAAGGUGGCAGGCCAGGAUGGCUCAGUGGUGCAGUUCAAAAUCAAAAGGCACACUCCUCUCAACAAACUCAUGAAAGCUUAUUGUGAACGGCAGGGACUGUCAAUGAGGCAAAUACGAUUUCGAUUUGAUGGUCAACCGAUCAAUGAAACAGACACACCUUCACAGUUAGAAAUGGAGGAUGAAGAUACAAUUGAUGUGUUCCAACAACAAACUGGAGGAGCUUCUCUUUAAAGACUGUUUUCUGUGAACAUCCCUACCUCUUUGUCCCUGAACAUCUUUUUAAACCUGACCUUCAAAUUAUCACGACCAGUGUUGACACCAUCCAGUGGAUUACUAGUACAAAAUGCUGAAAGGCAGCAGGACAGUUGUAGACUUUAAGCACACUCAUGUUAACCUGUUGAGCUGUGCAGUGUAGAUAACCUUUAAGCUGCAGUGACUUUAUUCUGCUAAAGAUUUUGAACGUUUAGAUUCUUUUGUUUUUCUGAGUUGGAAAAAAAUUUCAGUUCUUGUUAUACUUUGUCAAGUUUUGAUUUGGAUGGUAUUUUGUCAUUUAAGCCUGUGUUUUAAAUUUGCUGACAUAUGUUGUUCAAAA